GCGCGGCCGCGCAUGACGCGUUGUGCGCGCUUUAUCUAAAUUACAUUUUCGAACUCACGCAAAUAUUUUUUUCUUUUAUCACAAAAUAUAAAAAAGAAAAUAGGUUUACCGUUGACGAACGAAAACGUGCAGUGCUGUGUAUUGUUGAGCUUUGUGUCAUAAUUGGAAACAUUUCUCUUUCAUCUCGAGCAGAAGUAACGCCGCGAUGCUGCAGCAGAUCCUGCGUGACAUGUGGGUGGACCCGGAGAUCCUCGCCGAGCUGGACGAGACUCAGAAGCAGACGCUCUUCUGCAAGAUGCGUGAGGAACAGGUGCGUCGAUGGCAAGCAUGGGAUCAGAAGAUCAAUCAGGAGGAGGUUGAUCGGCCAAAGUUCCAGUCCGGCACCAAGAAGCAGGUGCAGUUCCUGAAGGGAGAAGAUGGGGAACCAUGGGUAUGGGUGAUGGGUGAACACCCAGAGGACCAGUCAAUCGACACAAUACUCGCCGAGGAGGCGCGACAGCGGGCGCUGGCGCAAGCGAGGGAAGAGGCCCACCAACUCCGCAAAUCUGUUGAGAAGGAGCUCACACAUCUGAUUGACUACAAGCCCUUAGAUAGUUUAGAACAGAAAUUUGACCUAUCACCAAAAACCGUGGAUUCAAUCGAAGACACCCUGGACCUGUACUGCUCAGUGGACGAGCUCCGGCAGAGGAUCGAGGCUCUAGAGCCCGAAGUUAAGGAGAAGAGCGACAACGAAGCAGAUAAGGACUACUGCGACGAGAACAUCAAACUGAACCUUAAGAAGAACACACUGCAGUUCAAUUUUAUUGAAGGCAAAAGGGAUGUUAUUCAGGAUUCAGGAUUACCCCGUAACGGAGAUGGGGUGAGUCUACGCGUAGCGGCGUGGGAGAGACGUGUGGCAGCCGCCAGGGCUGGAGACAUACUGAGGGGGCUGAGGGCGCGACGUGCGAGGACGCUGAGGGACGCGCAGCUGCAGGCUCAGGAUGAGGACGCCGUGUGGAGGGAACAAGAACGCAAAGCGAAGGAGGCCGAGGCGGCCAUGCGAGAGAUAGCGCGCGCGGCUCGCGAGGCGCACCGGCGCAGUGUGGACUUCUCGUCGCCCUGCCACGACACGGCUGGUAAGCCGCCAAACAGAGAAGCGGUGCUAGAAUGGUUUAGAACACAAGAAGUAAAGCGAGCGGUCGGUUUGGACGAGGACAACAAACCAGUUGACUGGUUUCAUGGGCUGAUCACACGGUCGGAGGCUGAGCAGACGCUGGCACAGCAGCCGGAGGGCAGCUUCCUGGUGAGGCUGUCGGAGCGCGUGUGGGGGUACGCCAUCUCGUACCGCGCGGCGCGCUGCAAGCACUACCUGGUGGACGCCAGCGAUGGCUACCGGCUGUUGGGCGCCGGCCAGAUCGCACACCAGACUCUCGCUGACCUCAUAAACUACCACAAGAAAGUGCCGAUCACCGAGAGUGGCGGCGAGCUGCUCAACACGCCGUGCGUUCCCGCGCAAACUCCCGUCAUCUGAGGCGCCGCCAUUUUGAUGCGUUCCUAUUCCAAUAAGAUAUACUUUUAGGUUAAGCGCGCACCGAUUUAACGCGUCAAAUUACGCAAGUAAGGACAAUGUUUGUCGUCUGGAAUACAUGUGUAAACGAGUAUAAAAUAUAAUCAUUUCCGAGCUUUAAAUCCAGUUGUUUUGUUACAAAAGGCAAGUUCUCGAAUAUGUUCUAGAGUCUAUGCUUUAGUAGAAAUUACAGAAAUAAUUUUUGGGUCAACUGAUGUAAUUGUCUAUAAGUAGCUGUGCUGUUUUACAGGCAGAUAUACUCCGAUAGCUCGCUGCUGAGUGACUAUUUUUGUACCGGUGUUUUAGAACUCGAGAGUGUAAAAUUCAAAUUCGUCACUUUAUCUCUCUUUCUAACACGAUACUUUAGAUAUAGCUAGAUAGAGACGAAUUCGAAUUUCAAACUGCCGAAUUAUGAAAACAUCGUUACAGAAUAGUAGUAUCUCAAAUCCAUAAGUUAUUUCUGGAAACACAUGCUGUUUGAAGAAUUUGGUCUUAAAGCUGCAAACUUAUCAAACUAUGAGGGUAUUCCUUUUAUUAUAAUGUUUUGGUGACCGCCGCGACGUUAGUUCCAGUUUUGGCCACUAGGUCAGAAGUUUGUGGCAGUUUAAGACGACAAGACGUUGAUUCUAACCUUGCAAUGUUAAACCCUUAGUGCGUUAUUUGACAUGUAACAUGAAAUUGGGACCAUUUUACUAGCAGUCAAUAUUAUUAUACUCUAUUUACAGCUGAUUUCAAUAACCCAUUACAUUUGUGUUAUGUCCGUGUUAGUGUCUUUGCAAAAUUGUUAAGAAAUACAUUAAUUCUUUUAAUUAUUAAAUUCAUUUCCUAGCUUACUUAGAAGCAUUCUUCUAAGUAAUUCUUGUCCUUUGUGUCCGAAGGCAAGAUGACUAAAAACAACAAAGGAACAUGAAAUUUAAAAAAAUCAUAGACAUAUUUUGCUAAGAAACUUAUUGAUAGAAACAUUGAUUUAUGAUAGAAAGGGUAUUGAAUACAGCAUUUAGUCAUUAAGGCGUAAUCUAUAUUGUAAUUAUGAUUUUGACCUAAAUAGUUUUAAGUGUAGUAACUUUGUGCAUACGUAUUUUGCUCUAGAUAUGUAUACGCUUUCAGACUGACGUGCGAUUAGCUAACGCUUAGUAACAGAUGUACGAAUACAAGCAAUGUUUAUGAGUAUUAUAACCAUUGUACAGCGUAAUUGUCACUAUUAUUGUUUAGACAUAAAUCAUUAUGUUCAAUUAUGUAUCUACUAUUCAAAAAGGAGGAGGUUCUCAAUUCGGUCGGUAUUUUUUUUUUUUUUUUUUUAUGUAUGUACAUCGAUUACUCAAAGACGCCUGGACCGAUUUCAAAAAUUCUUUUUUUGUUUGAAACGGUAUAGUUCCCAUUUGGUCCCAUUGCCAUCAUGUCAAGAUCUGAUGAUGGGAUCCUGGAGAAAUUGAGGGAAACUUUCAAAAAUUAUAUGGAUGUCUAGUAUGUUCGUAAACUUUUCCAUUUAGUACUUUUAAGCACUACAAUUUCAUGAAGGUUUGAAAUCGAUCUGAUGAUGGAGCCAUAAAACAGACGAGGGAACUCAUCGGCGAUUUACAGCAGUUACCUUGUGUUUGGGCUUGAUUAAUUUGUAUUAAUGAGAACUUUCCACAUAGAUAGGUUGUGACUGUCAUUUAGGGGUUUGGUGAUGAAGACCAAGGUCAAUUAAGGGAACCCCUUAACGGUUUACGGUAACUACCUUGUGUUUGGCCUUGAUUUAUUCGUAAUGCUGAGAACUUUCUACCUAGAUGAAUUGUGUCUGUUAUUAGGGGUCUGAUGAUGAAGACCAAGAUCAAUUAAGGGAACCCCUUAACGGUUUACAAUAGCUACCUUGUGCUUGGGCUUGAUUAAUUUGUAUUACUGACAAUUUUGUACCAAGAAGGGUUGUGAAUGUCAUUAGCGGUCUGAUGUAUUCGUUUGAGAUGAAAAUUUACACUAAAAAUGGAAAAAUAAUAAAAAUUUUAAUAAAAAAAAUACAACCGACUUCAAAACCUAAAAACGUACCCACUAAACUAAAAAGUGAAAAAUAACAUCAUAAUAUGUUCUACCUGCUGAUCAGUAUGAAGGCGGUGCUUAGCCGGUGUUGUCUUAAUUUAAGCCAUUUCUGACAGGACCACACCACAUGGCUUGAAUUAAUACAUCACCGGCUUAGCACCGCCUUCAUACUGAUCAGCAGGUAGAACAUAUUAUGAUGUUAUUUUUCACUUUUUAGUUUAGUGGGUACGUUUUUAGGUUUUGAAGUCGGUUGUAUUUUUUUUAUUAAAAUUUUUAUUAUUUGAGAAAUUUCGGUCUAUUGUUGAAACUUAUAAGCCCAUAGACGUAGAAUUUGGGUAGAUAAAAUGCUUAGUAAAAUUCUCUCCGAUGCAUCCAACCUACGUUACGUUCCAAAGCUAAUUUAGAAUCUAUACUAAUAUUAUAAAGCUGAAGAGUUUGUUUGUUUUUUGUUUGUUUGUUUGUUUGUUUGUUUGUUUGUUUGAUUGAACGCGCUAAUCUCAGGAACUACUGAUACGAUUUCAAAAAUUCUUUCAGUGUUAGAUAGCCCAUUUAUCGAGGAAGGCUAUAGGCUAUAUAUUAUCCCCGUAUUUCUACGGGAACAAGAACCACGUGAGUGAAACCGCGUGGCGUCAGCUAGUACUAUAAUAAUUGGAAUCUUGGGAAUUUACCUUGCGAUGAUGGGAUAUUAAAAUAUUUUCUUAAUGGACUAAAAAUGUUCAACAUUCUUUGGAGAUAUUAUGAUUUGGAGGGAUACAAAAAAUAGAAAGCUAGAAAGACCAAAAAAGCAUAAGUAAAAUUGAAUCUUAAAAUCAUACUGUUUUAUUAAUUACUUUUGUAUUAUAUUCUUUUACUAUGUGUUCUGUUCUCGUAGAUCGAUGGCUAUAAUCGAUAAAUAAAAUAAUGAGAGUUGAUCUAAUAGAUUAAUUCUCAUUAUUUUAGUUAAUUAAUCAGUCAAUCUAUCUACCAUAAACAGCUUUUUUCUUUUUCUUAUUUUUUUUUGUUGUGUUUUGAGUUAAGCAAUAAGUUAAGAUUUUCUUUACAACCGCAAAGUCUUUUUUUGACGGCCUCCGUGGCGCAGUGGUAUGCGCGGUGGAUUUACAAGACGGAGGUCCUGGGUUCGAUCCCCGGCUGGGCAGAUUGAGAUUUUCUUAAUUGGUCCAGGUCUGGCUGGUGGGAGGCUUUGGCCGUGGCUAGUUACCACCGUACCGGCAAAGACGUACCGCCAAGCGAUUUAGCGUUCCGGUACGAUGCCGUGUAGAAACCGAAAGGGGUGUGGAUUUUCAUCCUCCUCCUUACAAGUUAGCCCGCUUCCAUCUAAGACUACAUCAUCACUUACCAUCAGGUGAGAUUGUAGUCAAGGGCUAACUUGUAAACAAUAAAAAAAAAAAAAAAAGCACUUUAUUGUUUAAAUUAGCUUUAUGUUGACAGCAGUUUGUCAUUUUGAUCAAGUCUUCCAUAUUUUCACGUUAAUGUUUCAAUGUUGUAUAUAAAAAAAAGAUGUAAGUAGAUAACAAACAAGUGGUGCUAAUUAUUGUCAUACUGUUUUAUACUAUCCUAGAAGUACUUCAUUACAGACUUGACUGGAAGCAAGGUGGACAUUAAAACUAUGCCAAAUGUAUCAAAAAUGGUAUAAAAGUAGGUAUAUUAUUUUGACGACAUUUUGUUAGUCGAAUUUGUACGUUUUUAAAAUACUAACAUGAAACUUACCCAUUAAUGUUUAAAAAAUGUGUAGACAGAUGCAAUCUUUAUGCCGUUUUCGAGAAUCGUGCUUUAAGCUAUGCAAGAUUUUGGGUAUCUUCGGUUACGCAAAAGCGUGGAGGUAGGGCAUCAAGCCGCUCGCGUUGGCGUCACCUGCACCUUAUUUCGGAGACUUCCUAGAGAUUGCAUCCGACUAUACCUAUUCUAUUAAGGUUUAGUUUUAGUUUUAAGGGAAUAUUUUGAGAUUUAUGAUACUUGUUUUAUCUAUACUUAAAUGCCUGACAACUUUUAAUCAUACUCUAUUCUCAUUUUAGUGUCAACUUGUAUUGUCUAUGCUGAUAACGUGCUCGAUUGUCUAUGCCAUCUGUUAUAUAUGCGUUGAAUGUUGACGAUUUCGAUGACGUUCUUGUGUUUAUUGUUUAGUCAUUAACUGCCAAUUAGUCUAAUUAACUAUUGUAUUAAAAUGUACCUACCAGAACAUAA